AUGCCCAUCUGCAUGCAGGUGUUAUCCAAUACGGCGGUGAUGGAUAUCGUUUCUAUUGCAGCAGUCGUUUGCCUGAAAUACCCUCCAAUAUUCCAUCCCAUACUACGCACAUCGAAAUGGUAUCUGUCGGCAUUACAAACAAUUUCUGGAAAUGCCUUUGUUGGAUUAACUGAACUGAAUUACUUGACCAUCAGAAGACAUGAGAUCACUGACAUUUCUCCAAAUGCAUUUGCUGGCUUAACAAACUUAAUACAACUCAGUUUGUAUCGAAAUGCAUUAACAUCGUUACCGGAAACAGUUUUUCAUGGGUUACUAAAUCUUAGAGAGUUGGAUAUAUCCUUUAACUCAUUGACAUUCUUAUCACCUGAAAUAUUUCACCAUUUGUCGGAACUAACAGAACUAGAUCUGUCAAGAAACAAUCUUCAAUCACUGAAUCCAUCAUUAUUCAAUGGAUUAAAUAAGCUACUUGAGUUGCACCUUGACAACAAUGGCAUAUCAUCCUUACCAAGUGAAAUUUUUCACAGUUUGUCAGAAUUAACAAACCUGGAUCUGUCGGGAAACAAUUUUCAAUCACUGAAUUCAUCAGUAUUCAAUAGAUUAAAUAAGCUACUUGAGUUGCACCUUGACUACAAUGACAUAACAUUCUUACCAAGUGAAAUAUUUCACAAUUUUCCUAAAUUAACAGUUUUGGAUUUGUCACAUAAUAAAUUUCAAUCCCUGAAUCCACCAUUAUUUAAUGGAUUAAAUGAGCUACUUGAGUUACACCUCGACUCUAAUAACAUAACAUUCUUACCAAGUGAAAUAUUUCACAACUUUCCUAAAUUAACAGUGUUGGAUUUGUCACAUAAUAAACUUCAAUCGCUGAAUUCACCAUUAUUCAAUGGAUUAAAUAAGCUACUUGAGUUGCACCUUGACAACAAUGACAUAGCAUUCUUACCAAAGCUACCAUCAAUUCUAUGGUAUAUGUCCAUCAGAAACAACAAAUUCUCUCAUUUACCUGUCAGUAUAAUGAAUUUAUCAAAUCUCCGUUACCUGUAUGUUGAUAACAAUGAACUACACCAUUUACCAAGUUUUCAAAAUCUAACACAGUUAGAAAUAUUAGAACUUUGGGGCAACCCCUGGUCAUGUGAUUGUCACAUGGAAGAAUUCAUGAAAUGGAUAUACACUAACACAGACGUAAAUGUACAACUUAUCUGUCAAUAUCCGAUAAAUUAUACGGGAAUGAGCAUCACAGAUUUAACGGUGCCUGAUCUUCAGUGUUUUGAGCCAUACGUUAUUAACACAUUCGAAUCGGUGUAUGUUGGGGUAAAUGAAUCCGUGACACUGACUGUUAAUGUGAAUGGUGCCCCACCUCCACAUAUCCAGUGGAUCACCCCUAAAGGCAUUUAUGUUGAUACUGACUCGGAGGUUAACUCUCGAUAUCGUCUCGAACCAGAUGGCAGUCUUUUUAUCUCCUCUACACAGAAUGAGCAAGCUGGGAUGUUUGUGUGUAUUGCAGAAAAUUGGAAAGGUGUUGUCACAGCAGUACGUUUUCUUGAAAUACAUACUCCGCCGCGGACAAUGUCAUCUUAUGCAACUACGUUUUCCGUUUCCCCGUACACUGAAAUAACCAGAACACGUAUGGAAUACAAUGAAACGGCUUCCACCAAGAUAUACACGCCAAAGUCCACGAACAAUAUUAAAUCAAACAAUGUACUCAGCACGGGAUACAUUGUAUCAUUUAUUAUUGGUUUGGUGGUUGGAAUUUUAACUAUUGUUUUGAUAUGUUGUAUACUGCGCAAAUUUUGUUUCAAUCGAGGCAAACCACUGAAAACCCAGGAAGAAAACAUCAACCUUUCAACAGUAACUAGGACGGAAGAUGAAUCGCAUCUCCAAUACACUGAUAUGAACAAUGUAGAAUUCAACACCUACCAACAAUUAACUACAACAAAUAAUAUGACAGGAGAAUAUGUUAAUCCUAACAUGUUGGUGUCACACGUGAUCAACAAACAGGAUGGUGAACUUAUGGAGAACAUUUAUGAUUCACUUGACGCAUGA